UGGGCUCCUUUUCGAACCAUGAAACUUGGCCUGGGCCCAUGGAUCGGAUUCACUCGAACCCUAGGGUCCAGUGGUCCGACCCACACUCGCGACUCCCUUUCGACGCCGCCUCAGCGAGGUCGUGAGCUGUGCCGGCGAAGGCGCCUCGCACGACGAGCAGCCUGCCGCCUACCAGCCGUAACGCCGCCGCUCCCCACACGCAGCGCCGGGUGGGCCGCUCCCUCAGUUCAGGAUCCACCGUCGCCGCUACGAGGGGGCAGCGUGGUGCUCGUCUCGUCUGAUCUUCUCCGCCGUCGUCGUUCAUCUCCCUCCCGCAUCCAGAUAAUGGAUGUGCCAUACGUCCAAGGAGAAGCGCAGUCCGAUAGUGGUAGAAAGUGGAAGAGAACUCCACAGCCAACUAGUACUCCACUAGUUGAAGGAGUAGAGCUCAAUACCAAUGCUUCGGAAGUUGAACAAAUUCAGACCAGCAAUGCAUUACAGCCAAAUGGUGACAGUGAGCAUGUUGGUGAUGGAGAGAAUCAUGACUCUGGUGAUGGUUGGGAAGAUGAGGACUAUGGAAAUGGUUGGGAGGAUGAGGAGAUGGAUGAAGAAAAUAGGCCUGGAUGUGUUGAGGGUCGAAUUGAACCAGGAAUGGUUAGUCGCUUCUUACAUGGUGAGGAAAAUAGGCAAUUUAGAUCUAAGGUUUGGAAUGAGUUCAGCAAAAUCCGUGUGGCUGGUAUUGUUACUAAAGGACAAUGCAAUCACUGCAGUGCUGAGAUUACCGCUAAGCGAGGUGCAGGAACUAGUGCUAUGAUCACUCAUUUGAAGAGAUGCAAGGUUAGGAAAAGUGUGACAAAUAUGGCCUGUCAGCUUAGGUCAGCUGUCAUGUCUCCUGAAGGAGUUUCUUUGGACAAUUGGAAGUUCAGUCAAGAAGUAUCUAGGAACGAGUUAUCCCAGAUGAUCUCCCUUCAUGGGCUACCACUAUCCAUUGUUGACUAUGAAGGCUUUCGAAGGUUUGUCUCCAGCCUCAACCCUGUUUUCAGAAUGAUCUCAAGGAGGACCAUUUCAGUUGAGUAACUCAGUUGAGUAUCCCACUCUUUCUCAUACUCGCUUGGUGGAAGAGUAACUCAGUUGAGUAUCCCACUCUUUCUCAUAUGGCUCGGGAUGUCUUAGUUGUUCUUGCAUCAACAGUCACAUCCGAGUCAGCUUUCAGUAUGGGAAGAAGAAUAAUAUCAUAUUUUAGAAGCCGGUUAACUCCAAAGAAUGUGGAAGCAUUGAUAUGCUUACAAGAUUGGUUGCGGGCCUCGGGUUCAUCAAAAUUUUGCAUGGGAGGAAUUGAGAAUUUUGUCGAGGUACCUGAUCCAGAAGAAUGACAUGCUUAAAGUGCAGAGCUUCAACACAAACCUCUCCCUAUUGGAGUUUCGAAAUCUGCUGCUUUUGUUUAGACAACUGCAAGUGGCACUUGCUAUCUGAUCUUUUCUGAAUGUUAACUGUUCGGAAAUAGUGUCGUUGUUGUUUCUGAUCUUGUACUUUGAUGGUUGCUGGAAGCAGGUCAGGUUGGAUUAGACAGCCUUUAUAUUUACGUAGCACAAUUAAUCUUAUUAGCGUUCAGUAUAUCUAGUAAGCUGUUAGCUAGCAUGUUCUCAUGGCACCGUUGCAUAUUUCACGAACGAAGUAGAGCGUGAGACUUGUGGACACAGGAAUAUAAUAGAUGCAUUUGAAUU